UUUUUGAGGAAGAAGUGUGCAGAGUAUUUGUCACAAUGGCACUGGACACUGAGUUUGGUGUGAAGGGCAGCAGCAUCAUCAGGGAGUGGAGCGGACAGGUCCAGCCUGCUCUGGUUGCCUCCUUCGUCUUCCUCUUCUGUCUGGAAGCCUGUCUCUGGGUCAGGAACCUCCGGCUCAAGAGGAGGCUGCCGGGACCCUUCGCCUGGCCCGUGGUGGGCAACGCCAUGCAGCUGGGCCAGAUGCCCCACAUCACCUUCGCCAAGCUGGCCAAAAAGUACGGCAACGUGUACCAGAUACGGCUCGGCUGCAGUGAUAUCGUGGUCCUGAAUGGGGACAGGGCGAUCCGCCAGGCUCUGAUACAGCACAGCAGAGAGUUUGCAGGCAGACCCAACUUUGUCUCUUUCCAGACUGUCUCAGGGGGUAAAAGUAUGACUUUCACCAAUUACAGCAAACAGUGGAAGAUGCACAGGAAAAUUGCUCAAUCAACGAUCAGAGCAUUCUCAUCUGCCAGCAGCCAGACCAAAAGAGCCUUUGAGCAGCAAAUUGUGGCUGAAGCCACAGAGCUAGUUGAGAUUUUCCUUCAACUCAGUGCUCAGGGCCAGCAUUUCAACCCUGCCCAUGAGCUGACAGUAGCUGCAGCGAAUGUGAUUUGUGCCCUGUGCUUUGGAAAACGUUAUGGACAUGAUGAUGUGGAGUUUAGAGCCUUGUUACACAGGGUAGAUAUGUUUGGACAGACAGUAGGGGCUGGCAGCUUGGUUGACGUGAUGCCAUGGCUUCAGUCUUUCCCGAAUCCAGUCCGCAGCAUGUUCCAGAACUUCAAACUCCUGAAUCAAGAGUUCUUUGGGUUUGUCCAGCACAAGGUGGCUGAGCACAGAGAGACAUUUGACCCACAAAUAACGAGGGACAUGAGUGAUGCCUUUAUCGGCGUGAUUGACAAGGCUGACAGUGAUAACGGACUCACCAAAGGCCAUGCAGAGGGGACGGUGUCAGAUCUGAUUGGUGCAGGUCUGGACACCAUCUCCACCGCUCUCUGCUGGAUUCUGCUCCUGCUGACCAAACACCCUGACAUGCAAACCAAACUCCAUGAGCUCAUUGACGAGGUGGUGGGGCGGAGCAGGCUGCCAACUGUCGAGGACAGGAGCAGCCUGGCCUACCUGGACGCCUUCAUCUACGAGACCAUGCGCUUCACCAGCUUCGUCCCCGUCACCAUCCCCCACUCCACAACCUCUGACGUCACCAUCGAAGGUCUCCGCAUCCCCAAAGACACGGUGGUCUUCAUCAAUCAGUGGUCCGUCAACCAUGACCCCCUGUUGUGGAAGGAUCCGCAUAUCUUUGACCCUUCACGCUUCCUGGAUGAAAAGGGCUCCCUAGACAAGGAUCUCACCAACAAUGUUAUGAUCUUCUCAGCGGGGAAGAGAAGGUGCAUUGGGGACCAGAUCGCCAAAGUUGAGAUAUUUUUGUUCUUUGCAAUUCUCCUCCACCAAUGUAGCUUUGAGAAAUGUGCCAGCGGUGACCUGUCCUUGAACUGCUCCUACGGUUUAACACUGAGGCCUUUAGAUUACAAGAUCACUGCCAAACUCAGGGGAGAAUUACUUAUAGGCCAGUAAAAAAUCUCUCCCGUUAAAGAACAGCAAUGCAAUAUAAGGUAUGUGUACUAAUAUAAAUAUCUAUGUCUUGUAUUGGAGGAUUUUUAUGUAAUAAGCUUUAAUUAACCCCAAAAUGCAAAAGAUAAGCUCGCCGCUGACACCUAAAAUUGUUGCUGUUAUUUCACUCAGCUACUGCCAGGUUAUGCAUGUAAAAGGCAUUAGAAAGCAGGCAAGUUAUAUCUGAACUCGACAGGAAUUUCACUCCUGGACUCUAAAGGACUGUGACUGACUGAGAAAACCUAAAUAUAUCUGUAUGGCUCUGCCACAAUGUGUAAGAAAUAAAAAGCUUUGAUGUGUCUGCCCAAAACCACAAUUCACAAUGGACCUUAAGUAUGUAUUGUUAUUUAUAUGAGGGUAUUUAGCCGAGUCACUCUAAAUUGCAAUAUAAACCGGUGGUGAUGAAUAAACUUCACUCAGAGCACUUUGUUUUUUUUCGCUGAUGGGGAGAAAUCAUGUGCCAGCUGUGUGGUCUCAACUGAAUCCUCUGUACAAUUAUUCACUCAGGCACCCAUUUAUCUUUGUGUGUAUCGAACUUUUUCACAUUUGAGUUUAAUAUGAAUCGAGUGUGCAUGUCAACUGCAUUCAUGUAGUCUUAAAUCAUGCAUAAUACUGUUUUAUUUCGGUAAUAGCUCAUGUCACGUGCAACAUAUGUCUAAAGGCCUCAUAUUUAUGGUUAUAGUUAUACUGUCUUCUUCUUUUAGUACGUAAUACACUGUGCAAAGUGACUCUUUAGACAUACCACAUUGUCUGAAUAAUCUGAAUAGUUAAAUAAAGUU